GUAAAGUCUUACUAUAACGAAAGAGGCAGAGGCAAACACUUCCCAAGUUGCCGAGAUUCAAAUAUUCCUUCACCUCAAUAAUUCAAGAAAAAUUUUCUUCUUAGUCCAACCAAUCCUCUGUGUUUUUGUCUAUGCAAUCAAAGUCAACACAAAAGUCAAGCCCUCCACCCUACUUUCGCAGAAGCAAUAAACCACAAAAAGUAUCCUUUUAAUUCCGCCCAAAACUUCAAAAAAACAUCUCACUUUCUUCAUCUCAAUUACGAAAACACAAUAAAAUGACAAAACUCUUUUGAAGAAACAAAGUGAAAAAGAACAAGAAAAAAAAAAACAGAAUGGAGCUCCUAAACCCGGCCCACCCGCCUCACCAGGACCCGAAUCGAGACCCCAUUUCGGGGUUGAGUUUCAGGCGCCAAGUUGAUCGUCCGGGGAGUACCCAGUUGCCAGAAAUAGCGGAGGAAGCUGGUGGCGGUGGCGCUGGGGAAAAAGACAAAGUUUUUGUUGCGGUGGGAAAGUCUGUGGAGAAAGCGGUUAAUUUGUUACGUUGGACGUUGAGGCGGUUUGGCGGUAAAGAUAUCUGUUUGCUUCAUGUUCACCAGCCUUCACCACUGAUCCCUACUUUAUUGGGGAAACUACCGGCAAGUCAAGCCAAUGGUGAAGUCGUUUCUGCAUAUAGAAGGGAAGAGAAGGAAGAGUUGAGAAAGCUUUUAGAACAUUACUCAAGUUUUUGUGGCAAAUUAAAGGUGAAGACAAGCAUUAUCACAUUUGAAGCGGACCAGGUUCAUAAAGGAAUUGUAGAACUGGUUAACAGACACACUAUCAGGAACCUUGUUAUGGGUGCCAUACCAGAAAAUUGCAUGAGGAUAAAAAAAAACUCCAGCAAAGCACGUUAUGCUGCCAGAAAUGCUCCCUGCUUCUGUGAUAUAUGGUUUGUCAACAAAGGGAAACUUGUGUGGAUGAGGGAAGCUUCUGAAGAGCCAAGUUCUUUGCCACCAGUUGGUCAAGCCAAAGCUGCUAUUGCACAAAUGCUGAGGUCUAACUCACUGCCACAUACUAAGGGUGAUUCUUUAGUCCACCCUGACAACAUUCAUUCCAAAUCUUCUAGAAGUAUACCAUUUGUUGGAACUACCCAAUUGACUGAGACUGAACCAGCUCAUAUGGAUGUGUCUGUGUCACCCACAUUAUCUAGUUUUGCCACUAAAUUUUCUCCCCCCUACUAUCAGAGUUUGUCUAGCCCAAGUUGUACAAAUACUGGCUCAGAAUGUGCUUCUUCCGAAACGAGAUGGUCUUUAGAUUCUUACUCAAAGGAUGAGGAGGAAAGUCUAUACAGUCGGCUCAGAGAAGUAAGUAUGGAAGCUGAAGCAUCCAGGAAUGGAGCAUUAGCAGAGUCAUUGAAAUGCCAAGAAUUGGAAUCAGAAGCUAUGGAAGCUAUCAAUAAGCUCAAAGAUUUUGAAUCUGCCCGUUUUCGUGAAGUUAAACUUAGAAAGGAAGCUGAGGAAGCCCUUAGAACCACCCUGCAAGAACAAGAAAAGCUCGUUAAUGAGAAACAAGAAGUAACAAUAGAGCUUCAGAAGACCAUGAGAAAUGUUGCUCUCCUAAACAGUCAUGCACAAGAAGCAAAUCGUAGGCAUGAUGAAGUUGCUGGAGAAUUGAAACUCAUCCAAGCAUCUAUUGCAACUUUGCGGCAGGAAAAGCAGAGAAUCAGACAGCAAAAAAUGGAAGCUGUGCGCUGGUUAGAACGUUGGAGAAGUCACGGGCAAGCUGGAGUCACAACUUGUAAUGGUUUCAUUGGGCUUGUUGAAGAUUUUCCUGAGUUAGCUGAAUUUUCAUUGGCAGAUGUCCAAACUGCAACAUGCAAUUUUUCUGAGAGCUUCAAAAUUGGAAAGGGAGGACAUGGUUGUGUUUACAAGGGGGAAAUGCUGGGUAGAACUGUUGCUAUAAAGAAGCUGUAUCCACAUAACAUGCAAGGGCAGUCAGAGUUUCAACAGGAGGCUCAACUUCUCAGCAAAUUACAACAUCCUCAUCUGGUGACUUUGCUUGGUGUAUGCCCUGAAGCCUGGUCCCUAGUGUACGAAUACUUGCCCAAUGGAAGCCUUCAAGGCCGGCUUUUCAGGAAAACAAGUGUUUCUCCCUUGACUUGGAAGACCCGAGCACGUAUAGUAGCUGAAAUCUCUAGUGCUCUUUGCUUUUUGCACUCUACAAAACCUGAAAAGAUUGUCCAUGGUGAUUUGAAGCCUGAGAACAUUCUUCUCGAUUCAGAAUUAAGCUGCAAGAUAUGUGAUUUUGGUAUCUCUAGGCUGGUAACAGAGGAUACUCUAUAUUGCCCAAGUUUUCGUCGUAGUACUGAGCCAAAGGGUGCUUUUCCAUAUUCAGAUCCUGAAUUUCAAAGGAUAGGAGUCCUGACUCCCAAGUCUGAUAUUUAUGCCUUUGGAUUGAUCAUUCUACAGAUACUCACUGGGAGGCCACCAGUUGGGUUAGUAGGUGAGGUGCGAAAAGCUGUGUCAUGUGGUAAAUUAGCAUCAAUUUUGGAUACAUCAGCUGGAGAAUGGCCUAUGUUUGUGGCCAGGCGUUUGGCAGACCUGGGGCUGCAAUGCUGUGAAUUGUGUGGUAGGGAUCGGCCUGAUCUCAAACCAUCCCUGGUGAGGGAACUGGGGCAGUUGCAUGUCUCUGUGGAGCGGCCAGUGCCAUCUUUCUUUUUGUGCCCCAUCCUUCAGGAAAUAAUGCAUGACCCUCAAGUGGCAGCAGAUGGGUUCACAUAUGAAGGAGAAGCCUUGCGUGACUGGUUGGAAAAUGGCCGUGAAAGUUCACCCAUGACCAAUUUGAAAUUGAGUCACUUAAAUCUGACUCCUAACCAUGCAAUACGUCAGGCAAUUCAAGACUGGCUUUGCAGAGCUUGAAUUCUCAUGAUUCUAUGCUUGUAUGUAGCCUGUGUUGUAAGUAUGUACAGUGGCAUCCUAUCUUCACCAUUAUAGAUUAUGCAACCAUAGGGGGAUUGGUCAUCACUGAUUUCUUUACCAUCAAGCUAGCUUUCAUGCAUCAUAGUUGUGUACCCAAGUGACCCAACCAAAUACAUAGGCAUUGACCGAAUCAAAAUUGUGGGUGUCAUUUAUUGUGCAAAAGUGGGACUGUAUCUGUUUUGCAUGGACAAAGCACUUGGGAGUCACAGGGUGUUAGUAUAAGAUAAUUCGCAGUUA